AUGAGUGUAUGGAAGACUGCCACAGAUGGUAAAAGGCCAUACUAUUAUCGUACGGAUACUGGUGAAACAACUUGGAUUAAACCAGUUGACCUUUAUCUUACGGAAGAAGAAAAAUUAUUGUUAAAACAUGGGUGGAGGAUUUUUACUACAAAAGAGGGGAAAGUCUAUUAUUCUAAUUCGAAAACAAAUAAGUCAAGCUGGACCAUACCGAAUUUAGACAUUGCUACUGGUCAUACUAGAAUUGAAAAGAAAUCACAACCUAUUAAAGCAACCCUUGAUACAAAUCUUCAAUUGAAAACAAAUAUCCAAGAGUUUAAAAAUAACUCGAAAUUGCUUAAUUUAGAGAAAAAUAAAUCAAUAGAUGAGGCAGAAAGGUUAUUUAUGGAAAUGUUAAAGGAAAAUGACGUAGAUUCAACAUGGUCUUUUAAAAAAAUCAUUACGGAUCUGAGUUGUUCAGAUCCAAGAUAUUGGGUCGUUGAUGAUGAUCCAUUAUGGAAGAAAGCUAUUUUUGAAAAGUAUCUAAACACUAGAACAGAAGACCAACUACUAGAGGAGCACAAUGCCAUAUCAAAAUUCAAACCAGCCUUUAUUGCAAUGUUAGAAUCCUACGGAGAUAACGAUAAGAAAAAAAUCAAAUACUAUUCCAGUUGGAGAACUGUGAAAAGAUUAAUUGCAAAUGAGCCAAUAUAUAAACAUUCUGUAGUCAGUGAAAAGAUUAAAAGGGAAACUUUUAAUGAAUACAUAGCAACUUUAAAAUCUAACCAUGAUACAGAAAUGGAAAAUAAAAGGGAAAGAGCCAUUAAAGAAUUGACCAAUUAUUUGAGCAAAAUCAUCAAAGAUAAAGGAAUAUUAGAUUGGAAAAUAUUAGAGUCCCAAUAUUUGUUUGAAAAUAAUCAGAGAUAUUUACAAAACAAAAAUUUUUCAAACUUGACUAAACUUGAUGUUUUAACUCUAUACCUAAAUUUGAUUGAAGACGAGAACCAUAGCAAAUUACAAAAAUUAAAUGAAUUAAAAAAAAAAAACUUUACGCAGGAUAGAGUGGCUAGGGAUAAUUUUAAAAAGGCACUAUCUGAAUUAGAAAUAUACUCAAACACAAGAUGGCAAGAUAUUUAUCCAUUGAUACAAAAUGAUUACAGAUUUAAGGAUUUGAUAGGCAGAGCUGGUUCUUCUCCGCUAGAUUUGUUUUUAGAUUUGGUGCAGGAAAAGAAAAUUGUAAUGCAAGGUCUGGCAAACACUGCAAAACAAAUACUUAUAACCAGCGAUUAUAAUUGGGAUGACACAAACGCUAACGUUAAAGAAGAAAUUUUGAGUCUUUUAACUAAAAAUAAAUCUAAAUUAAAAAACGAGAUUCAUAAUAAGGAACUUAAUAUAAUAACUGAUAUGAUUGUACAAGAUCACGAAAGUGAAAUGGAACGUGAACUAAGAGAGAAAGAACAAUUUUACAAUAGGGAGUUGAACAUUUUUGAAAAUUUAUUAAAAAGGCUUAUGUUACGUUCUCCAUCAGAACUUAUCGGUAAUUGGAAUAGAGAUAGACAAGAUAUUUUAAGUAAAUAUCCAGAAUACCAAAAGUUGCUAGAAUAUAAAAAGGGUAACGAUGACAUGCAAAACAUUUAUGAAAGGGUAAUAAAUUUAAAGCUCGUUGGACAAACUAUACCUCCCAAAAUUAUUGGUGGUAAUACUAAUAACAGCAAAAAAAGGACAUUGUCCCUUGAUUAUUGA